CUCAUGGGCAUGACGGAGAGGAGGGAGGGGAGAGUGAGAGAGCGAACAAGACGGCAGAGAGUGUGCGAGCUGAUCACAGGCUGUGAACACGAGGCAGUGACUGGGACUGGGAGAGAGGCAGGCGAGCCACAACAUCUGAAAGUUUUAAACCUGUGAUCGCGGUAGGUGAUGCGAAGCAAGACUGGGGGUUCCUCCAACAUGCGGAAGCAAAACAAAUUCCACAUCAUGGACUGCUUGAGACACAGACAGAUUUAGGUUUUGCUGCUGGGGGAGGGCAUUCUCUGUCACAUUCUUAUUCAGGGAGGGUGGAAAUAUAAAGAUGAGAUAGUUUAAUAUCUCUUUUAACAUCUCCUAAGUGGUGUACAAAGACCGAAAUGCAUUGGGUGCUUGGCUACAGUGUUUUCCAGAACAAAACGCUGCGUUAGUGAUUAUGAAAGUUACAAAAGCAGCGGCUUGGAAAACACUUUAAGAGACAUCAAAGAACAACUACCUUCAUGUGCAGAGUGGUUUGUUCUUUUAAGAGGAUGCAUUGGAUGACAGAGUUUCAGCUGCCUGGGAAAAUGAGGACCCCUGCUAACAUUUCACUGCGGAAGUACUGAUCGUGUUGGGAUUACUGCCAGCAUUGGAGUUUAGUGUUGGAACUUUUUUUUUUCAGUGGAUCCUCUACUGAUCGUCAGCUAUUCUUUUUGGUUUGUACACUGCACAAGGGAUGACGCACCCUAUUUACUGACCCUGAGCUGUCCCGCCCUACCCUCUGCCCUCGCCCGUGGGACCCAGUGACCAUGCUGACCGAGUGUCCAACACCAGAAAGAUCAGAGCCCCGACCCACGCUCAGGCCUGCUGUAUCCUCUGCCGCACCAUGUCUCAGGCAGUCGCGGCUCCACUCGAGACUAACAGCUCAUGGCCAGGAGAAGAGUCUGGGGUUCAGCUGAAAUGGGCGGCCCUGCUUAUUGUCAUGGUGAUCAUCCCCACUAUCGGAGGAAACAUUCUGGUCAUUCUUGCUGUGUCCCUUGAGAGGAAGCUGCAGAAUGCCACCAACUAUUUUCUGAUGUCCCUUGCUGUGGCUGACCUGCUGGUGGGACUCCUAGUGAUGCCCAUUGCCCUCGUCACUGUUCUCUACAACUCUGACUGGCCUCUUCCGGAGUUCCUCUGCCCCAUUUGGCUCUUCCUUGAUGUGCUGUUUUCUACCGCAUCCAUCAUGCACCUAUGCGCCAUUUCACUGGAUCGCUACGUUGCCAUCAAGAAGCCAAUCCAACACAGCCAGUACAAAUCCAGAGCCAAAGCAAUCGUGAAGAUUGCAUUGGUGUGGCUCAUAUCCAUUUGUAUUGCAAUCCCGAUACCAAUUAAGGGGCUAAAGAACUAUCCUCUUCCCAACAACGUCACCUUCAACAGUAAUCACACAUGCCUGCUGAAAACAGACACCUUCCGGGAAUUUAUCAUGUUUGGCUCCUUGGCAGCAUUCUUCAUCCCUCUGACCAUCAUGAUGGUCAUCUACCUGCUUACUGUCCAGGUGUUGCGCAAAAAGGUUUAUUUGCUCAGGUCAAAGGUGACUCAGCGCUUCAGCUACCCGACAGUCUCCACAGUUUUUCAGAAGGAACACGGUGUGACCUCACCUCAAGCUGAGCAACUGAACAUGCUGGACAGCAGACUUCCCAGGAUGCAAGAAAAACCAAACGCAGGCACAACAAACUCACCUACAGGAGGAGAAAUAUCCUUUCGCAGAAUGUCAACAAUGGGGAAGAAAUCAAUGCAAACUCUGAGCAAUGAGCAGCGCGCCUCAAAGGUGCUGGGCAUUGUCUUCCUUCUGUUCGUAGUAAUGUGGUGCCCUUUUUUCAUUACUAACAUCACCUCUGUGUUAUGCACCAGCUGUGACAUUAACGUAAUCACCCGCCUCAUGGAGAUCUUUGUUUGGGUUGGUUAUGUGUCAUCAGGUAUCAACCCAUUGGUCUACACCCUAUUCAACAAAACUUUCAGGGAGGCGUUCACACGUUACAUCACUUGUGAUUACAAAAACUGUGCUAGCCAUGGGCCAGGAAGCCACCCAAGGGCCUCAAAUGCAGAUCGGACCCUUACACGGAUUUCAUUCAGAUCUUCCAUGGCAGAAAACUCUAAACUGUUCAUGAAACGUGGAAUGAAAAAUGGCAUUGGAGCAGUGAGCUACCAAAGUCCACUAAGGUGCCGGCAAGCACCUGUACAAUCAUCCAGUGGUGUUGUGUUAGACACAAUUCUUCUGACUGAAAAUGAAGAUGGUAAGCAGGAGGAACAUGUUAGCUGUGUGUAGAGCUACUUGAAAAGAUUAUAAUUAAAUAUAGGGAGCACUUGAAGAGGAUCAGAUUAAUGGUGCAAACAUCUUUUUUAUCUCUUUAAGGACAAAAUGCUAGCCCCACCAUCAAAAUUCAAAAUGCAUGAUUGGAACCUGCUGCUGCACUCGAUUUGAUCAAUAAAUCACUUAAGGCCUGGAUUUGUGGUACAUUACACAACAACACAACAAAAUCUAACCUGUUGGUAUCUAAUGCUGCUGAUGUUUAAUUCAGAAAUAUUUUAUAACCAAACCAAAACAAGGCAAUCUUUUCAACUAUGUCAUUUUGGACAAACACACAAAGUCCUACUUUUCCUCCAUAAGCCAACCCCCUCCAUUAGAUUUAUGAAUACAUAUGGUCUAAAUAUUAUUCAGCAGGUGACAGGGCACAUUAACACUCUGAAAUCUUAAAGUAAGACAAUUUAUAGAGAACACAAACAGAGUCAAAAGGUCAAAACUCAGCAACGUUCUGGCCACUAGGCAAAAAUGUGAGGACUGAAGACAUGACAACCUUGAAACUCUAUGAAGGCAGUAUUCAAUAUAUUCCUAUGCUGAUCCUUUUAACUUGGGCUAUCUAAAUAUGCUGUAAACCAUCUCAGACCACAUGCUUCUAUUUCAAGACAACCACACCUCUGCCUUUCAAAUCUCUUCUGUAACAGACACACAGAAUGCAUUGCACUCUUGAAAUGAUACUUAUUGUAUUUGCUGGACCUUUGGGAAAUGCUCUUGUAUGUGUACUGCAGCCUGAUGUUUUUUGACAUGUUUAAAGGUUCCCAAAUUAAAUACUGUAUAUAAGAAAGAACAAAAUCCAAAAUGAUAGGAAACCUAAAUGUGUUGAAUAAAAUAUUUUCUGUGUUGCUGAACUGAAGGAAAUGUGUACCAAUUUUGAGUAUCCGUGUUCUUUAUCAAUGUUGUCAACGUCUAUAUUCUUGUACUAUUUUAAUUUUAUCAGCAAGACUCAACAUACCAUACACAACUUUUCUUCAAACUAUAAACUCCAUCAGAGGUUAUUUAAUAAAAAAGACUAUUGUAACAAUUCCAGGGGCCUGCAUAUUUAAAUGGACAAAUAAGAAAACCUAAGCACUGUGUAUUCAGCAGCAAUUUCUCCUCUCCCUUAAUGCCUGAUAAUGUCUGAUUGUAGCUUUUUUUUUUUAAAGCAAGAAUACUGCAGGUCUCCAAAUACAUAUUAACCUAAACAGCCUUAACAAAAUAUACUGUAAACUAAGUGUCUGAUCAAAGGUGCAAGAAAUAUGAGAUUUGGAUAGGGCUCCCUGAGCUUGGUAUACAAGUGUGGAGUGUGUCAUUGUUUUAUUUUUGUUUUGACCAAGUCUCUCA